CAAUUUUUUAUUUUAUUUCUCCCUUUCCAUCUGUAACUAAAUAGUAAAAGUUACUAACAUCAAAAUAGCUUUCAAGGUUUCAUAUGGUAGAAAACACUAAUUACAGUCCUAACCUUAUGUUGUCUUCUUCCCUUACUUUUCCACAGACUUUGUCUUCUUAGCUCUAUGCUCUAAUCAAUCGACUACCAUAUCGAUCGUUGUAGAAAAAUUGUAAGCUCUUGUGGUAGCAGCUUGGUCAUUCACAGUCGUGUUGAUCAGCCAUGGCCCAGACUGGACCCACUCUAUCGCAGAACUCCUCGAGUCCACGAUCACAUACAUCAGCAAACACCAUCCACCCAGAAAACAAUGGAAUUUUCUGAGAAUUACUUUCGUGGUUACGAAGAAAAUGAUGUCAUAAAACUGAGACUGCCUCGACUUCGAAAAGAUCUGCAGAAGCUCCACAAUUAUGACAACGUAACAACCUUAAGAAGCAAAAGCCUCAGCUCGGGAAGAAACAUCACUUGAAGGCAUCGAUCAAAUAAUUGACAAUGAGGUCGAUGAAAGGCCGACGACGAAUCGGCGAUGAAGGGCGUUCACCCAUUCACAAUCCCCGCAUUUCUUACCUUCAUCCGGAUUCCACAAAUGCCUAACCCACUUCAGACACCUUCCCUGCAGUGAAACUGGACAAAUGAAACGUGAAUCUAGAACAACUCAGCCAACAGACGACAAUCAAGCUAAUGAGCUCAAUUACCAGACUUGAAUCCCAGUAAUGACAACAUUAUAUCAGCCGAAUAUGAGAGUGUAAUCUGACCCCUGUGGUCGAUCUAACCCCUCAAGUCUCUAGAAACACAUUGAACUAAUCUACACGUCACGCAAUGUCUCAACCUCAACACCCUGGAACCUCCUCGCUUUCCUUUUCUAGCUGCAGUGAUGGUGAUUGCUGUGCUACCACGAAUUUGAUUGCACGUGAGGCUCAAGCCUUUGCCUUCGAAAUUUCCGCAGUCAGCGAUUCGAUGAUUGUUCAUCCAUCUCUUUCAUACCGACGUUGGAACUCCAAUUCAACACACUGUAACCCGAAUUCGACCUUCCAGUCAUUGUUCAAAGCUUGGAAUUAAGGUCAAUGUCCUAAGAACUGAUCUCUGUUGAGUUCUGGUAAUCGAAAACUACACUGCAGCAAUGUAGGGGACAGGACGUAGAGAGUCGACACGGACAACGGGUGAUUGAAAUUCUAACCUAUUGUGGGCUCUUAGACAGCUUCCAAAGAGAAAGAGAUUCGUGACCAUAAUUGGUAGCGGGUGAUUGUCGUCAUGUCGCGGCCAAAAGCAGUUGAUGAUGAUCUUCAACUUCCUGCGAGUUGCAAACGAUAUCCAUCCACAGCACAUCUCAGUAGACCUGUAAAUCCCCUGUUCCAUUUCUGCAGAGUAUCUCAUUUCCGUUCAGAAAGCUCUGAUCCUUGGGUACAACUGGAUCCGAAUGCUUCCGUCUGCAAUUGUACACAAAAGCUCUGGCAGCUGACGAGAGGGGCCAGGAGAAGAGGAAAUCCGCCGUCACACCGAAAGCCAUGAGCGAGGAUUUGGUCCCGUCCCGUCCCGUCACUCCCAUGCGAACUGCAUCAGAAUGGAGUGUGACGCCACGAGGCGUAAGACGAAGUCGACAUCAUCAUCGACGGAGGCACGUCAAUGUGGACAAAGCGUUCGCCUUCGCAGGAAGAGCUGCCCUCAUGGCAAGUCAAGCGUGACGUAACACGUUUGGGCUGAGUCAGAGGUCACGAGUCCACUCAACGAGCAGCAGCGGCGGAUGUCGGAUCGUUGCGGCGGCGCAGCGACUGUGCUUCUUGUGCCGACGUGUACGUCGAGGACGCGACGCAGCCACAGGGAUUCGCGACGUCGUAAUUGGCUCCUUUCACGUCGUCAGCUAAUCGCGCCGGCGGCCCCUGGAUGCGCAUUCCUCGUCAGGUUCCUGACUGAUUCCUCCGACGAUCGAAUGUCGAUGUCCGCCCCUCGGACGUUUAUAAAAAUUCGAUUCGGCAUCCUGGCGACGACAUCUGAUGUCGUCGUAGUGAAGCACAUUCUAGCAGCCCAGACUAAAGUCGAAGAAUUGUUCUGUAAGCGCCACGUCGCAUCCCUUUGUGUAGCUCUUGGACACGGCAGAGAGGAUUGAGAGUGCAAUCGGCCUGCUAGGUACGCAAAUGUUCGGUGCAGAAGUCUGUAACAGUCAUCGAGAUUCCCGGCUUCACUUCAAUUCUGCGAAGAUGCGCAGAGAGACUUCACUCCGCAUGUUGGAAGAAUUGUGAAACUUCACUCCGUUAGAGUCAGAAGAUCGAUUUUAGACCAGCAGCCCUGACUUGCCAUUGUGUGCUCACGGUGCGUGAGGGUUGGAGUAUUACGAGUUUCUGUAAGAGCGUGGCCUGACUCUUGAUGGAGUCAACCCAACUUAAUUUCUACGUCGUCUCGGGGGCUCCUGGACUCACACUCACACUGGAGCUCUCGGGACGAUGGAGGUGUACUCCAUGGACCCGG